AUGCGUCUGCUGGAGGGCCUUACAUCAGAGGGAUGGUAGGAAGAGGUGGAGAGAGAGAGAGAGAGAGAGAGAUUGCCAGUGCAUCUGAUGAUGGCUCCACAUUAUGGCACAGGCUAAUUCUGCCAUAGAAAUGUGAAGCAUCCAGAGCACCAGUCUGCUAGAGUUUCUUGUCUGUAGUGCAGUAGUAAAGUAGGGCCCUUCCUCCCUGCAGUGCCACAGCCUGUGCCAUGGGUAGAGGUGCCAGGGGCUCGUAGGGAGGCUCUGCACAGUGUGCCAGCUUGUCUCUCUGCCCCACUGUUCCACAGCCUCUUCUCAAUCUGGAGCCCUCUGGCAGUCUGUGUGGCCACUCUACCUACACACACUUACAUAGUAUGCAGAUACACACACACACAGUACACACACAAACCAUACACACUCACUGUCUAGUAUCUGACUGUAACAGACACAUACAGCUUCAGGCUUGUACUCUGGGUUAUUUAUUGAAGUUAGAGAUGCAGACAGACUCCCACCUGUAGCUGUACCGCUCUAACUAUCAACUGUAAACAAGCCCAAUACAAAGAUCCAUGUACAGCACUACAACUAGCACAUACUUGAAUGGCCCAUUGGAACAGUACAGUGUGUGAAUCAGGAGAGAGAGAAGAGUGAACAGAGAAUUAUAUUUGCAAAUCAAAUGGAGUCUAGUCUGCAGAUUCUGGGCGGAGCCGCUGGCUGGAAGAGUGCCCACUCUGAACUGAGAGGCCACAGUUCUAUUCGCAUACACGCUAGCACGCACACAAACAUACAUACGCAGGCAAGAACACACGCUAGCGAGCACACACAAACACACAUACAACAAGCACACACACUAACUCCGUCACAUGCCAAGACUCACCCUGGAACAGUGUCCCAGUGAAGAUUCAAUCACACCCACCCACAGUCACGUAGACCAAAUCUGCAGGCAGCCUAUUGUGAAAGAAUAGUUGUUCCUCUGCCAGGGUGUCAUAUGCUAGCUAGCUGCUCGGUUAAAUCGAGGGUUGCGCAACAACACAAAACACAGUAAUGCCUUUGCUUUGCUCACAGUUGAAUUGCUAUUGGACACAUACUGUACGUCACAGCACAGCUCCUCUUCUUCUCUAGAGAAGACAAAACAACAGACAGGUUUGGAUCAUCACCAGGAAGCCCCUCCUGUCUUGUUCCCUGUGUGUCCUUGCUUCUUUCUCUCCUUCUUCUAUUGUGUCAACUUCAAGGGAAGUCAGUUGAACUUCAAGGGAAGUACGUUGAACUUCAAGGGAAGUCUGUUGAACUUCAAGGGAAGUCAGUUGAACUUCAAGGGAAGUACGUUGAACUUCAAGGGAAGUCUGUUGAACUUCAAGGGAAGUCAGUUUAACUUCAAGGGAAGUCCAUUGAACUUCAAGGGAAGUCCAUUGAACUUCAAGGGAAGUCCAUUGAACUUCAAGGGAAGUCCGUUGAACUUCAAGGGAAGUCAGUUGGCCCAGUUGACGUUGACCUAGCUAGACAUCUAUUUCUGUCUAGUGUACUUGGCACAUCUAAUGAGGUGCAGUGAUAGGAUGUUUCUGAUGUAACUCCGCAGAUAGAGGCUGAAGGGGUCUGUGUGUGUGUCCCUGCAUGUGUGCUUCUGCAUGUGUGUGCUCAUGAAUGUGUGUGCGUGCAUGGGUGUGUGACUCUGGGAUUAGUGUAGGUCAUGGCAGUGCAGCUGGACCACGUGUGUACAGAGGCCAUUGAGAGAGGGGGAUUAGGGGUAAACUGAUACUUAGCAGAUAAUGAGCAGUGGCUACUGAUAACUCAACUAUACCCUCCUCUCAUCUCUUCUCCUCCCCCCUGUCACCCCUUAGCACACAGCCCCACACACCACCCAGCUCUCCUCUCGUCCAUCACCAGCCUGCAGCUCUCCGGACGGAGAUUGUCAUGCAAACUGAGGCCAAGGCUUCAGAGCUGAUAAGAGGGCCUCUCAUUUCAGAGGACUUUUUUUUCUAAACAAAGAUGAACUGGGUUUGGGAGACAGGGAGAGACAGGGAGAGACAGGAAGAGACAGGGACAGACAGGGGAGGGGGCUCAGUGGGGUUGAUUGAAUAGUUCCAUGUCAUCAUUAUUGUGGGCCUGCUUCCCUGGGGUGGGGUAAGUGUGAAGGGCUAUUUGGAUAGGUAUGGAGGGUGUGUGUGUGUGUGUGUGUGUGUGUGUGUGUGUGUGUGUGUGUGUGUGUGUGUGUGCGUGUGCUCAUGUGCAUGUGUGUGUGUGUGUGUGUGAACAGGAGUCAGGUUCUGUUCUACUAUGACAGGAACCAGUUCAGGUUGUUGACAGAUCCUGAUGGAUUAUUCUGUUCUCCGCUGUCCUAGUUUCUCUCUCUCUCUCUCUCUCGCUCUCCACCCCCCUCUCUUUCUCUCUCUCUUGUUCGACCUCUCCGCCUCUCAGACCAUCUAAUUUACUAUCAAUUUCUUGACGCCACACAGGGUUUGUCCUUAUCAAAGGACUUGUCAAACACAUCGCCCCAGAGUCUCGUUUACUGCUGUUAUUAUUGCAUAAACACACAAGUUCACGCCACACUCACUGAGGUUCUAUUAUAUAAUAAUAAUAUAAUAAUAUAUGCCAUUUAGCAAACACUUUUAUCCAAAGCAACUUACAGUCAUGCGUGCAUACAUUUUUACGUAUGGUUGGCCCCGGGAAUCGAACCCACAACCCUGGCGGUGCAAGCGCCAUGCUCUACCAACUGGACUCUUUCUCUGACCCUGUGUUCAAAUCAAAUCAAAUAAUCAAAUCAAAUGUUAUUGGUCAUGUACACAUAUUAUGCCGAUUUUUUCGCCGGUGUAGCUAAAUGCUUCUGUUCCAACAGUGCAGUAAUACCUACAGUGUUUGUAACAUCCAGGGCCAAGAGGAUUGCUGCAGAUCCCUAUUCCCAAUUUAGUGCACUGCUUUUGACCUGGGAUAAGGGUGCAAUUUAGGUUGCAGACACACUCAUCUGUUUUAAGAAAUGGUUAGAGUAGAGAGGUUGAUUUGUUACUUCAGUAUUGGGAUUAUUCCUGAGACUGAUUUAAAACAUAUUUUCCUCAAGCAGAAUGAAGCUGUUAGGAAUUUAGGCUGUAGACUUAGAAUACAUUUAGUUUGAUAUGAAAAUGUAUAAGAAAAGCAUACGCUUGGCUGUAAGCAGCUAGUGACAAAUGGCUCUCCAAUCCAAUGACAUAUUGCUGCUAUUCUUAUCAUCAAUGAUUAGUUGUAGUAGCAGUAGCAGUAGAGCAGGGGUCAAAAUAGGUUUUUAAUGGAUUUAGGCUAAGGAAUUACAAUAUAGUUGGAUGUAAAAUGCAUAUAAAAAAAUGAUGCUUAGCAUUAAGUGGACCAAUAGCUCUCAGAUGACACACUGUAUCACUGCUGUUUAUCAUCAAUGAUAAUCUAGUUGCAGUAGUAGUAGCAGUAAGAUAUGUUUCAAUGGAUUUAAGCUAAGGAAUUUGAAUAUAGUUUGAUGUAAAAAAUGUUAUGGGGGUUAUAGGUUAAGUUUAGACUAGCCCUGUGGUUUCCAUUGAAGGUGCUAGGGGGAGGUGGGGCCAGUAAAAGUUCGAAUUUUUGCCUCCCUGUUUUUUUAUUUUAUGAUUGGGGCUGCUUUUUUACGGGCCUGGGCCUACAGCUGCUGUUGUGAAUAGCUGCCCAAGUUGUCUGGAUCCUAAUAAAGGCCUGGCCAGCCAUGAGACUGUCUUUAUAGGCCAGCUUAUGAGCCUGGGUCUCUAUUAAACCCUGCCAGGGCCGAGCUGAGGAAUUUAGGGCCAGGAAACAAGAGAAAAAUAGGGUUUGUGUGUCAGUGGGUGGUGGAGUUUGGAGGCUGGUGCUGGAGAAGUGGGGAGGUUGAAGUUUGAGGGGUGACCGGGGGUGAAAGUUGAAAGAAGUGUUAUUAGGGAGGGGGUCAACAUGUGUGUGUCUCUUACUGAGAGUUUGCAGUGUUAGCUAGCAUGUGUGAGGGCCUAGUGUGUGUGGGUGUAUAUGCGUGUGCCUGUGUGUGUGUUGUGUGCGUGCGCCUGUGUGCGUGUGUGUGGCUUAUGGCUUAUGGAAUCCAUACAAUGCACAGCUCAGUGCACUUAUUUAGAACACCAUGAGCAUGUGACUCAAGGUACAACUGUGACUUCAGUGGUACGGCAGUCAGCUUGUGUGACUGGGUUUGAACAGGAUUGGCAAAGUCUGCAGUCUGCAGCAGUGGGAGGGGCAGACAGAGGCAGAUGCCAGUUGUGCAUGGACUUCUACAUUUUGGUCUCUCAUCUUCCUACACCUUAGCUACCUUGUCAGGUGUGUGCUAGAUUUGUCCUGAGGUUGUGUUAAGUGGAUGCCGGUCUCAGUGAGGCUGCUGUGGAAUGACUGAGGAAUCCCUAGCUGAAGGCACAGCCCUGCCCAUUCAGCUACCAGUCCUUAUCAGAGGCUGAGAUCUGUCAAUCUAAUCAAUCACGCCUCCACUUAUUGUCAGUUAUCUGCCUGCUGUUAAACGUUCUGCCACCUCUGGUCUCUUGGCCCUCCCACCCCUAUGGGAGGGCAGCUCCUGCUCAGCCCAGUCCAAGCUCUUCUCUGUCCUGGCACCCCAUUGGUGGAACCAGCUUCCCUGCCCAUCUUCUGAAAAUAUCUGAAACCUUACCUCUUCAAAGACUGUCUGAAAUAAUCCCACAGCACCCCCCUCACACCCCCUCCUAAAUAAAAAUGAAUAAAAAGCCUUUUGUGAACUAACACUGGCACUUGACUCUUUUCCAUCUUACUAGCUCUGACUUUGCUAUCUACUUUAUUGAGGAAGAAUGUACUUACUAUGACUGUGAGAUGUGGUUGUCCCACCUAGCUAUCUUAAGAUGAAUGCACUAACUGUAAGUCGCUCUGGAUAAGAGCGUCUGCUAAAUGUAAAUGUAAAAUGUCAGUCUUCUCCUCACCAAUAGUCAGCCAAAAUCUCUCGCUUGUCUUUAUUUGGUGUGCUCUAACCUUAGCAUGAGUGAAUUAAACUGUAUGAUAAUGGCUCGCAAACAACUCUAUUCGACUGCAAGCUAAAUUUUUAUAAAAUCAAUCAACAAAUCAACCUCUCUACUCUUCUCUCUGUAGCGGUGGAGACCCAGAGCACCAGCUCUGAGGAGAUGGUCCCCAGCUCUCCCUCUCCACCUCCCCCACCACGUGUCUACAAACCCUGCUUCGUGUGCCAGGACAAGUCCUCUGGAUACCAUUACGGAGUCAGCUCAUGUGAGGGCUGCAAGGUGAGGAGGCCCCUGCUUCAUCUUCAUCAUCAUCACCACAAACACACAGACAACACUCAAACUCAACACUGACAAGACAAAAUAACAGCCUGGCAGGCAGCAAGCAAAAUAAUAUCUAGUUUCUAAUGUACUCUCAUCUCUCUCACUUAGUAUUGUAUCUAUCUAUCUAUCUAUCGAUCUAUCUAACAACAGAUCAAAAAAAUCUAUUCUAUCUAUCUAUGCUGAUCUAUCUAUCUAUCUAGAUCGAUCUAUCUAGCUAUCUAUCUAUCUAUCUAUCUAUCUAUCUAUCUAUCUAUCUAUCUAUCUAUCUAUCAUAUCAAUAUCUAUCGUCUAUCUAUCUAUCUAUCUACUAUCUAUCAGAGAGAUAGAUAUAUCUAUCUCUCUAUCUCUCUCUCAUCUAUUAAGUCUCUAGCGAGAGAUAUCUACGCUAUCGGAGAGAUAGAUAUAUAGAUUUCUAUUCUUAUCGAUCUAUAUAUAUAUCUAUCUGUGUAUCUCCUCUACGCUAUAUUGAUUUUCUCUCUCUCUCUCUCUCUAUCUCUCUCUACGCUAUAUUUAUUCUCUCUCUCUAUUCUCCUCUCUCUCUCUCUCUCUCGCUCUAUCUCUGUUAAUGUCUCCAGGGUUUAUUUCCGCGAGCAGAUCCAGAAGAACAUGGUGUACACCUGCCACCGAAGACAAGAACUGCCAGAUACCAAAAGGGUGACCAGCAAACCGCUGCCAGUUACUGCCGACUGCAGAAGUGCUUCGAGGUCGGCAUGUCCAAGGAAGGUGAGAGACGUAAGAGGGGCUGUGGGAUGGGAUGAGGGAUACGGUUCUACUGACCUAGGACAUCCAGGCACUGUGAUACGGAAGCAUGGACGCAAGCACACGCAUGCACACACAGACGGAAGUACACACAUACACAUACUCUGAGAAUAUAAAUCAAGCACUCAGUAUGCUAUUAGAUAGUCGUUGGCAAAGUUUGAUAUUAAAUAAUUAACUUAAGACAGUGGUCACCAACCGGUCGAUCACAAUCGACUGGUCAAUCUCCAAGGCAUUUCUUAGUUGAUCACCAAAUAUUUCUGUAAAAGAAAACAACGAUAAUGUGUCUGAAGGUUGAACUGCCUACCCGGCAGGCCCAGAGAGCAAAUCAAGUGCAUAUUGAUAAGCGAUUGUCAAGAAUGCACAGAAGUUCCAAAAUAUGUGUGGAAUGUAGUUUUGAUUAUUUGAUUGCAAUAUGUGAUCUGUAGGCUAAGAGAACUUCAUAAACUGUUUAUUCGAUUGGGGGUUGGAAUAGUGUGAGAAGACAACAUAUUAGGUGAGAAUCAAAAAAAAGAUUUGAGUCCCCAUUCAAAGGCAAGGGCAGUGUGAAUACAAAGAGAACUGAGUUAUUUUGCUUUUUUUACCCCGGAGUUCACUUUAAAGAGGACUGAGAUCGGUUAUUUUAAAGAGGACUGUGAAAACACCCUCAGACUGACCAUCAGAUGCAGGCCAUCAGUCUAGUAAUAAAAAAUUUAAAAAGCUAAUUAUUAUGUUCACUCAGCUGUGCCUCACAAGUAAUACAACAAAUGAUCUAUUACCAGUGUGAUCAUAUACCUACAUUUUAAAAAUAUAAUUUCAAAAUGGUCUGAGACUAACAACAUUGGCAGGGUAAUUCAAGCAUAGCCAAUAUGCAGUGAUAAUGUAUUGGGCCUAUAGCCUACUGCACAGACCUCAUUGCUACAGAACUGUGUUUAAUUGGUUAAUGUUGCAUAGGCUUAUGUUUUUAAGUCAUGUUUAAAGAUAACUUUUGACUCAGAAAGUGAUCUUGACUCAGAAAAGGUUGGUGACCACAGCAGGGUAGUGAUUUGGAUAGACUGGGCACAGGACCAACCUUAUGACUAAUCAUGUUACCAAAUGAGUCUGCCUCUGUCCCACAUGGCACCCUAUUCCCUAUAUAGUGCACUACUUUUCACCAUAGCCCUUGGUCAAAAGUAGUGCACUAUGUAGGGAAUAGGGUGCCAUUUGGGACACAGCCUCUGUCUUCCUGUUUCACCAGUCAUCUCACUCUCAACACACCCUCGCAUUGCCAACACCUUCCACCUUUCAUUCACUGUCAUCUCAGUGGUGAAUGAGUUGGCACCAACUGAUACUUCUGACAAUAGCAGUAGCACUUUCAGCCACACAGGGCUCCAUUUUCAGGGACUGUAAGUGAUGUGAGGGUGUGUGUGUAACAGUGUGUGUGAGUGAGUGGCAGGCGGUUUGCCCAUGGGAUAUGUAUAUGGGUGUAAUGUUUGUGUGGGAUGUGUGUUAGGACCGGGAUCACAUUGUCCCUCUGCUAUUACUGGAUAUCCUGAGAGGAAGGAAAUAAUGGGAGGAGGGAGGGAGGGAGGGAGGGAGGGAGGCCGUACUUACUGGUCAACUCAAUGGUCAACUCAAGUUUCAAGUUUUAAGUUUCAACGUUUAUUCGCCACGUGCACAGGAUACAACAGGUGUAAAACAGAACAGUGAAAUUCUUACCUUGAGAGCUCUUUCCCAACAACGCAGUGAUAAUAAUAAUAAUAUAGAUAAUAAUAAAAAAUAAAAAUAAAAACCACACAAGAACGACGAUGUGAGUUAAAGAAACACGAGAAUGCAAGUAUAUACAGGUAAUUGUCAGUACCUUAUUGAAUGUGCAGGGUUACUGGAGUGGUUGAGGUGGUUUGUAAACAGGGCUGAAAAGGUACUGGUAGCAGGACAGGAGGAGGAACAGAAUGGGAGAUAACAGUGUAUGGGGAGAUAGUGCCAUCAGUUUGUUUAAUGAAGUACUGUUAUAAGCUGUAUUGUAUAACAUGGCUUAAUAACAUCAGUGGCUAGGCCUACAUAUCAUGACUGAUCCAUGUUGUCACUGAAAUUCUCACUCACAUGUUGUAUGUUCCUCUCCUCCUUCUCCUCCUUCUCCUCCUUCUCCUCCUCCUCCUCCUCCUCUUCUUCCUCUUCCUCCUCUUCCCCCCCACCUCCCCACCCCCCAGCGGUGCGUAACGACAGGAACAAGAAGAAGAAAGACGUCAAGGAGGAGUUGGUGUUGCCGGAGAGUUAUGAGCUGAGUGGAGAAAUGGAGGAGCUGGUCAACAAAGUCAGCAAAGCCCACAAAGACACCUUCCCCUCACUGCUGCAGCUGGGCAAAUACCACACUGUAAGAGUCUCACACAUUUUUCUGUUUGAACAUACUGACACAAAUCCGCUAUGAACAUGUAUACCUUCCCAACUCAAAAGGCCAGUUUAGGGUCAAUCUUAUUUCUCCAAUGGUCACUGUGUGAGAGCAGGGGUAAGGUGAUUGGUUGGUGUAAAGUAAGACUGUGAGAGCAUUCUACCUGGUUGGAUGAUGUCCAGUAAUAUCUUCUACCUGAUUGAUGUCUAGUAAGACAGCCAGGUCACCCGUGAUACAAGUCAGUAUUCGACGUCCAUCCAUGUCUGAGGACGUCGGGAGAUGACGUGGAAACUGGCCACUAGGGGCAACAGUGAGCGCUGUUACCUUCAAGUAGGUUUGGGUUUUGCUAGGACAUUGUGGACAGGGAUGGCAGAUGGGUGUAAGCAAGUUUGAAUCCAGCGAUAGAAAGUCGUUUUUUAGAUUUUUGUUUAAGCUUAUCCCAAACCGUAACCCUUACCUUAACCAUUCUGAGUUAAUACCUAACCUUAAGAUUUCGGAGUUAAUGCCUAAACUUUACCCUAACCUUAAACACUUCAAAAUUUGACGUUUGGAACAACUUCUACAUUUUUCGUAUGACAAACAUGGAUGGAUGUCUAAUUCUGAUGUGAGACUGUGAGAGCUAGUUGAGUAAGAACCCUGUCUUUUAACCCUGUCUGUGUCCCCACCGUGCUCAUUAUAUCUCUCUCUUUAUCUCUCCUGUUCUCCAGAACUCCAGUUCAGACCACCGCGUGCAGCUGGACCUGGGGCUGUGGGAUAAGUUCAGUGAGCUCUCCACCAAGUGCAUCAUCAAGAUCGUGGAGUUUGCCAAGCGCCUCCCAGGCUUCACCACCCUCACCAUCGCUGACCAGAUCACCCUCCUCAAAUCAGCCUGCCUGGACAUCCUGGUACUUACCUGGUUCUUCCGAUCCCCUUAACCCCCUCUGUAUUAUCAAACCAAGUCCCGCCAGUCAUAGUUGAGAUCUGUCGAGAUGGUCCCCAUUAUCUAUUCUCUGGUACUCAGAAAGCCAUGUGUAAAUGUAAUGAUAAGAGGACAGUGCCUCUCAGUGGAUAGAGGUGGCAUUGCAAGAAUAACUUCAUAUGUCGAAGUUUAAUAGUUUUAUGGACAAUAGAUAUAGAACAUAGCCUACUACAUGGCUCAGCCUUCCUGUUGUAUGCAGAUAAUACAUUUUAUUAUACAUUUUAUACAAUACAUUUUAUUUAUGGUAAAUACUUCCCUCUCCUCCCCCCCCCCCCCCCCCCUCUCUCUCUCACUCCUAGAUGUUGAGGAUCUGCACGCGCUACACCCCAGAGGCAGGACACCAUGACCUUCUCAGACGGGCUCACCCUGAACCGGACCCAGAUGCACAACGCAGGCUUCGGCCCGCUCACAGACCUGGUGUUUGCCUUUGCUGGCCAGCUGCUGCCUCUGGAGAUGGACGACACAGAAACGGGCCUCCUCAGCGCCAUCUCCCUCAUCUCUGGAGGUACUGCAUCCCUGAGGGGAUUAACAAGAUUUUACUGCUAGUCAAUACAAUGUUAAGAGCACAUACAGAGCUACAUGUCUGUGAGGUGUUCGGCCGGGAUAACAUCCUCACUCAGUUACAAUACCAGUAGAAAUCUGGAGGUAAAAUACUUUGGUUACACUAUACUUUACACUUUAUUAUAUUUAAUGGCGCCGGAGGAGAUGGCUGCCAUUUUACGGGCUCCUAACCAAUUGUGCUAUUGUGUGUGUUUUUUCGCGUUAUUUGUAACUUAUUUUGUACAUAAUGUUUCUGCCACUGUCUCUUAUGACUGAAAAGAGCUUCUGGAUAUCAGGAGAGCGAUUACUGAACUCGUACUGGACGAAGAUUUUUUCUUUAACGAGUCGGACGUGAAGAAUUUACUUCAGACACCCGACAAGGCCCAAAUCCCCGUCAAUCGCAGGAGAAAGGGAUGGAGAAAUAGGGGAUGUAGGUCGGGGUGCCUUGUAAGGAUCCGAUGGCGAGUGGAGAAUCUGCCUCUACCAUCAGUCCUAUUAGCCAACGUACAAUCAUUGGAUAACAAAAUAGACGAGCUACGAUCACGAAUAUCCUACCAACGGGACAUUAAAAACUGUAAUAUCUUAUGUUUCACCGGGUCGUGGCUGAACGACGACAUGGAUAACAUACAGCUGGCGGGGUUUACGCUGCAUCGGCAAGAUAGAACAGCCGCCUCCGUUAAGACAAGGGGUGGUGGUCUGUGUAUAUUUGUAAACAACAGCUGGUGCACGAAAUCUAAUAUUAAGGAAGUCUCUAGGUUUUGCUCGCCUGAGGUAAAGUAUCUCAUGAUAAGCUGUAGACCACACUAUUUACCUAGAAAGUCUUUAUCUAUAUUUUUCAUAGCUGUCUAUUUACCUCCACAAACUGAUGCUGGCACUAAUACCGCACUCAGUGAGCUGUAUAAGGCCAUAAGCAAACAGGAAAACACUCAUCCAGAGGCAGCGCUCCUAGUGGCCGGGGACUUUAAUGCAGGGAAACUUAAAUCCGUUCUACCUCAUUUCUACCAGCAUGUUAAAUGUGCAACCAGAGGGAAAAACUCUAGACCACCUUUACUCCACACACAGAGACGCGUAUAAAGCUCUCCCUUGCCCUCCAUUUGGCAAAUCUGACCAUAAUUAUAUCCUCCUGAUUCCUGCUUACAAGCAAAAACUAAAGCAGGAAGCACCAGUGACUCGGUCAAUAAAGAAGUGGUCAGAUGACGCAGAUGCUAAGCUACAGGACUGUUUUGCUAGCACAGACUGGAAUAUGUUCCGGGAUUUUUCCGAAGGCAUUGAGGAGUACACCACAUCAGUCACUGGCUUCAUCAAUAAGUGCAUCGAUGAUGUCGUCCCCACAGUGACCGUACGUACCCCAACCAGAAGCCAUGGAUUACAUGCAACAUCUGCAUUGAGCUACAGGGUAGAGCUGCCGCUUUCAAGGAGCGGGAUUCUAACUCGGACGCUUAUAAGAAAUCCUGCUAUGCCCUCCAACGAACCAUCAAACAGGCAAGGCAUCAAUACAGGUCUAAGAUUGAAUCGUACUACACCGGCUCCGACGCUCGUCGGAUGUGGCAGGGCUCACAAACUAUUACAGACUACAAAGGGAAGCGCAGCUGCGAGCUGCCAAGUGACACGAGCCUACCAGACGAGCUAAAUUACUUCUAUGCUCACUUUGAGGCAAGCAACUGAAGCAUGCAUGAGAGCAUCAGCUGUUCUGGACGACUGUGUGAUCACGCUCUCCGUAGCCGAUGUGAGUAAGACUUUUAAACAGGUUGACAUUCACAAGACGUAUUACCAGGACGUGUACUCCGAGCACGCGCUGACCAACUGGCAAGUGUCUUCACUGACAUUUUCAACGUGUCCCCUGACUGAAUCUGUAAUACCAACAUGUUUCAAGUAGACCACCAUUGUCCCUGUGCCCAAGAACACUAAGGUAACCUGCCUAAAUGACUACAGACCCGUAGCACUCACGUCUGUAGCCAUGAAGUGCUUUGAAAGGCUGGUCAUGGCUCACAUCAACACCAUUAUCCCAGAAACCCUAGACCCACUCCAAUUUGCAUACUGCCCCAACAGAUCCACAGAUGAUGCAAUCUCUAUUGCAUUCCACUGCCCUUUCCCACCUGGACAAAAGGAACACCUACGUGAGAAUGCUAUUAAUUGACUACAGCUCAACGUUCAACACCAUAGUGCCCUCAAAGCUCAUCACUAAGCUAAGGACCAUGGGACUAAACACCUCCCUCUGCAACUGGAUCCUGGACUUCCUGAUGGGCCGCCCCCAGGUGGUAAGGGUAGGUAACAAAAAAAAAUAAAAAAAAAUAAAUGUAACAACACAGCUGCCACAUUGAACCUCAACACGGGGGCCCCUCAGGGGUGUGUCCUCAGUCCCCUCCUGUACUCCCUGUUCACCCAUGACUGCAUGGCCAGGCACGACUCGUGUGGUGCCAGGGUAACAACCUCUACCUCAACGUGAUCAAGACAAAGGAGAUGAUUUUGGACUACAGGAAAAGGAGGACCGAGCACGCCCCCAUUCUCAUCGACGGGGCUGUAGUGGAGCAGGUUGAGAGCUUCAAGUUCCUUGGUGUCAACAUCACCAAAAAACUAUAAUGGUCCAAACACACCAAGACAGUCGUGAAGAUGGCACGACAAAGCCUAUUCCCACUCAGGAAACUGAAAGGAUUUGGCAUGGGUCCUCAGAUCCUCAAAAAGUUCUACAGCUGCACCAUCGAGAGCAUCCUGACUGAGGACCCAUGCACUUAUUUUUCUUAAAACUGCAUUGUUGGUUAAGGGCUUGUAAGUAAGCAUUUCACUGUAAGGUCUACAGCUGUUGUAUUCGGCGCAUGUGACAAAUAAUAUUAGAUUUGAUUUGAUUUGACUUUAUUGACUUUGUCAAAUCGUCAAUUACAUCAAUCAUCAAUUACAUCAAUCCUAGUGUGAUGGAUGAGUCCUGUUUAUCAUGUAUUGUGUAUUUAACUCUGUCCUCUCCCCCAUCCAUCCCUCAGACCGUAUGGACCUGGAAGAGCCCCAGAAGGUGGACAAGCUGCAGGAGCCCCUCCUGGAGGCCCUGAAGAUCUACGCCCGUCGCAGACGCCCCAACAAGCCCCACAUGUUCCCCCGCAUGCUGAUGAAGAUCACUGACCUCAGAGGCAUCAGCACCAAGGGUCAGUAUUAGUACACUGGAUUAGAGUCGAGUAUCCUCCAUUAGAGCACCUGUACACACUGUCUUGGCACACAUUGAUGAUAUGUUAAGAUUUGGACCACACUGUCUGGAACAUCAAGGGUGGGUUGUAGACUUUUUUCUCUCUCAGUAUUUUAUUAUUUUUCUGACAGGACAGUUAGAAUAAGAUAGGGAUACAGGCAUUGGAGAGGGUACAGAAUGGAAGGGCACAGACAGGAGAGGCAGAGCCAAAAGGAAUCACUUUCCAGAUAUGAUGCCAUGGUUUCUCUUUUCUUUUUGUCCUGUCUGUACAGGGGCAGAGAGAGCCAUCACUCUGAAGAUGGAGAUCCCAGGCCCCAUGCCUCCUCUGAUCAGGGAGAUGUUAGAGAACCCAGAGGCUUUCGAGGACCAGACAGAGAGCAGUGGAGAGAGCUCCCCACCGCCCGUUCCACCAGCUUCCACCAAGCCCCCCACCACAAUGAAGACUGAGGCCGAGGACGAGGAGGACUGCUGGGGGACAGAGAACGGCAGCGAGCCUUCCCCAGAGGAGGAAGAUGAGGAUGACUAUGAUGAUGGGGAGGAGGAGGAUCGGGACAGGGGCUCGGACAGUGAGGGGGAAUCCUGGACUCUGGAGGGUAGCAGCGAAGGGGCUAGGAAGAACCAUGCCGGGAGGGCGCAGUGAGGAGGAGAGAAGAUCACAGACAUGCAGACUGUACACUCAAACACACACACAAACUGACGUAAUCACACACACACACACACACACACACCCUACCCCUUCCAGUGCUGGCCCUCCCUAACCUCCACAUCCCCUCUAUCUUCCUAAUGCACAUCCGUCUCUCCAAGCAGGACAGGGCAGGACAUGGCAGCAGAGCCUUACGCCUGCCUGUAUAGCCUCUAUAACUCAGGUUCCCUGACUCACAGGUUCUUGACAAGUGACAUGCAGAGAGACUAUUAUAAAAUGGGAGAUGGCGAAACGACAUGAUGCAACCAUCUGGACUCGUGACUCGUGAUAUAGAGAAGAGAGGAGAUGACAAGA